UUUCUUUUUUUAACCUUAUCUCUUUCUCGGUGCGGCUGGUAGCUUUUUCUUUUUCUCUGUCUAUUUUUUUUUAUUUUUUAUGAGUGCGGCUGGUGGCUAACCCAACUCCAAAAGCUGACGCUCAAUCGGACAUUUCAGCUUUUACGUAGCAUUAGGCGAGUCGAUAGCUGACCAUCGGCUGUCGAUAUUCUUCCUGUUAAUUGUGAAUGGCCGCUUCUUCGUCUUCCUCAUGGAAAUACGACGUCUUCCUGAAUUUCAGAGGCGAAGACACUCGCAAGAUCUUCGUCGGUCAUCUCUACAGUGCUCUGCGUCGGAAAGCAAUCAACACCUUCAUCGACGCCGAAGAGCUCAGAAAAGGCAACGACCUUUCGGAACUCCUUGCGGCUAUCGAGUCGUCGAGGCUUUCGAUCGUGGUUUUCUCCCAGGACUACGCUUCUUCGACGUGGUGCUUGAAAGAACUGGUCAAAAUCCUGGAGUGCAUGGAUGCAAAGAAGCAGAUAGUGGUGCCGAUUUUCUACCAAGUUGAUCCAUCUGAAGUUCGUAAGCUCAAGAGAAGUUUUGCAGAAGCUUUUCCUCAAAACGAAGGUGAAUCGAGCGCCGAAAUGAAAGAGGUGGAAAGCUGGAGGUCCGCGCUAACCAGAGCUGCCAAUUUAUCCGGCUGGGAUUCGCGAAAAUACGAGGAUGAUGCCAAGCUUAUUGAGGAAAUUGUGGAUGAUAUAUUUGAGAGAUUGAUCGAAAUCUCGUCAAGCAAAGAUAAUGGAUUGAUUGGAAUGGAUUCUCAUAUGCGUAAAAUGCAUUUAUUGUUAUAUCCUGAUCCUCCUGGGUUGCAUAAGGAUGGUGCUCGUAUUGUCGGAAUAUGGGGUAUGGGUGGUCUAGGCAAAACAACUAUCGCUAGAGCUAUUUAUGAUGAAAUCGCUUGUCAAUUUGAAGCUUGUUGCUUUCUUGACAAUGUCAAGGAGGGUUUCAAGAAUCAUGGCGAACUACAUAUGCAGACACAACUUCUAUCAACUAUCUCGAAUAACAAGGUGGUGAGUUCGGACAUUUUGAGUAAAGGUUUCAAGGUGAUGUUGAAGAGCCUAGGUCAGAGAAAAGUUCUAUUUGUUGUUGAUGAUGUGAACAAAUUAGACCAAAUUGAAGCUUUACUAGGAAAGCAACAUUCCUAUGGUGGUGGUAGUAGAAUCAUUAUAACAACGAGAGAUUUGCAAUUACUAAGUGGAGCUAAUGCGAUCUAUAAGCCUGAGAUUUUCAGUGAUUCCGAAGCUCUGGAGCUCUUUAGGAAGCACGCCUUCAGAACAAACCAACCCACCUUAAAUUAUGAUCAGCUGAUUCAGCUCUCAAGGCGUGUCUUACACUACGCUCAAGGUCUGCCUUUAGCACUCAAAGUCUUGGGAGCUUUUCUUCAUAACAAAACUGUACGCCAGUGGGAAGAUGUGUUAGAAAAAAUAAGGAAAAUCCCACAAAGGGGAAUUAAUGAUGUGCUUAAAACAAGCUUCGAUGGACUCGACGAAACAGAGAAGGACAUCCUUCUAGAUAUUGCAUGUUUCCUUAAAGGAAUGAAAAAAGACCAUGCAACUGCAAUUCUGGACAGCUGUGGUUUCUAUCCUCAUACUGGAAUAGGAGUUCUAAUCGACCAAGCUCUCAUAUCUGUCUCGGAGGAGGGGCAACUGGAGAUGCAUGAUUUACUAGAGGAAAUGUGUCGGGAAAUCGUUCGCCAAGAAUCUAUCAAAGAGCCUGGGAGAAGAAGUAGGUUGUGGAGUUAUGAAGAUGUUCAUCAUGUGCUGACUCAAAAUACAGCUACAGAAGCAGUUGAAGGCAUAAUCCUGGAUUCAGCAAUCUUUAAAGAGGGAUGCUCAAAUACCGAAGCUUUUGUUAGUAUGAAAAAACUAAGACUGCUCAUGAUCCAUGAUGGCGCUUAUACUUACACCAAGGACUUUGACAAAUAUGGGUUUGUAUCCAAGGAUUCAUUUGACAGUCACACUUCAAGUGAAGCAGAAGAUGAGUUUACAUUGGGGGAUUCAUUUGACCAUCGAGCUCCACAUGAUUGCUUCAUAAAACGCUGGAUUGCAGACUUAAAGUUCCAAUGUUCUCAGUUGAGGUGUCUCCUCUGGCGUGGUUGCCCCCUCAAGUCUUGGCCAUCCAACUUUCAGUUCAAGAAUCUUGUAAACCUUGACAUGAGCAAUAGUUGCAUCGAACAACUUUGGAAAGGAGCCGAGCCUCUGGAAAAUUUGAAAUUCAUCGACUUAAGUAAUUGUAUAUACCUUAAGAAAACCCCCGACUUCACAAAGGCUACAAGUCUUGAGGAACUAAAUCUCAAAGGUUGUACAAGGUUAUAUGAGGUUGACCCAUCCAUUUCAGCUCUGAAAAACCUUGUUAUAUUGAAUCUAGGAGUCUGUCACAAACUCAAGAGCCUGCCGAGCAUCAGUCAUAUGGGAUCUCUUCAAACCCUUAAUCUUUCUUGUUGCUCAAACUUUGAGAAGUUUCCAGAGAUUUCAGAUGCUAUGGAGAAUCUAGCAGAGUUAUAUUUAGAUGGGACUGCCAUUAAAGAACUGCCUUCGUCAUUUAAUAAACUCACGGGCCUUACUGUUUUGAACCUAUCUUGGUGUCGAGAACUCAAGAGCCUGCCGAGCAGCAUUCAUUUGGGAUCUCUUCAAACCCUUAAUCUUUCUGGUUGCUUAAACCUUGAAAAGUUUCCAGAGAUUUCAGAUGUUAUGGAGAAGCUAUCAGAGCUUCGUUUAGAUGGGAUUGCAACUAAAGAACUGUCUUCGUCAAUUAAUAAACUCACAGGCCUUACUAUUUUGAACCUAAGAGGCUGUCAAGAACUCAAGAGCCUGCCGAGCAGCAUUCAUUUGGGAUCUCUUCAAACCCUUAAUCUUUCUGGUUGCUUAAACCUUGAAAAGUUUCCAGAGAUUUCAGAUGCUAUGGAGAAUCUAGCAGAGUUAUAUUUAGAUGGGACUGCCAUUAAAGAACUGUCUUCGUCAAUUAAUAAACUCACAGGCCUUACUAUUUUGAACCUAAGAGGCUGUCGAGAACUCAAGAGCCUGCCGAGCAGCAUUCAUUUGGGAUCUCUUCAAACCCUUAAUCUUUCUGGUUGCUCAAACCUUGAAAAGUUUCCAGAUGUUUCAGAUGUUAUGGAGAAGCUAUCAAAGUUUUAUUUAGGUGGGACUGCGAUUAAAGAACUGCCUUCGUCGAUUAAUAAACUCACGGGCCUUACUGUUUUGAACCUAUCUGGGUGUCGAGAACUCAAGAGCCUGCCGAGCAGCAUUCAUAUGGGAUCUCUUCAAACUCUUGAUCUUUCUGGUUGCUCAAACCUUGAAAAGUUUCCAGAUGUUUCAGAUGUUAUGGAGAAGCUAUCAAAGUUUUAUUUAGGUGGGACUGCGAUUAAAGAACUGCCUUCGUCGAUUAAUAAACUCACGGGCCUUACUGUUUGAACCUAUCUGGGUGUCGAGAACUCAAGAGCCUGCCGAGCAGCAUUCAUAUGGGAUCUCUUCAAACUCUUGAUCUUUCUGGUUGCUCAAACCUUGAGAAGUUUCCAGAUAUUUCAGAUGUUAUGGAGAAGCUAUCAGAGCUUUAUUUAGAUGGGACUGCCAUUAAAGAACUGCCUUCG